CGAUCCGAACUUCUGGGUUUGUCAUUUUCAGAAUUUGAUUUUUGUUUUUCUAAUUUAAUCAUUUAUUUUUUUAGUUAAUUAUUUUUCUUCUAAUUAAAUUAAACAUUAUUUUCUAUUCAUCUUUAACCCUUAAAUCUAAUUGUUUUGAUUUUGGUUGUCCCUCUAAGUGUAACUAAGUCUGUUAGUUACAUUGAUGGCUCCUCAAAGUAUUUAUGGCAGUCGAUCGACCACCUCAUUGGCCUCAGCUCGGUCAAGAUGCACAAUCACCCACAGUUUACCUGGAUCGAGAAAAUUGGAGCUCAAAUGGUGGCAAAGAAGACCAAUCAUUGAAAAUGCUCUAUUCAUUGAUCUACAAAAGGGUUCUUAUAUUGCUGCAAUAUAUACUCUGAUUGAAAGUUUAAUGCAAAUAAUUUUAGCAGUAUUUGAUACUUACUGCCUGUUUGAAGCUGCUCCCGGUUCAAAGCAUUUCAGAAGCGUUGGUAUCAGUUUUCUAUUCGUUUACAGUGGAAAUGAACACAUUCGACGCUCAUUGAUAGCAUGCUCGUUAAUAUUAAUUUUGAUAUCAAUUUACCUGUUGAUAUCUUCCAUCAUAUUGAUUCCAGCUUUGAAAAAGGAGCAGGAAAUAAGAUUCAAAAAUUGGCUAAGAGCAAUGUCCACGUUCAUUAUUGUCCGUACCUGUGCAACCUUAUUCCAAUCGAUUGCCAAUGAUCUGUUUUUCACUUAUCAUCAGCUGAUGUUGCUCCUUUGGUUUUUAGCAUCCAUUGCCAAUGUAUUCGCCUUCCUUGUUGUUGUUUCCAAUUAUCAAGAGUUAAACACCAUCACUCGACUGGAAGACAUGGCCAAACUUAAAAUGAGCACAAUCAGCUCUCUCAAUGCCUCAAGAACUUUAUCCCAUCACUCACUUGACUCAUACAGGGGACCUCAUUUAACAACCAAUCCUUCACCGAACACCUCUAUUCAAGGUACCCCAACGGCACUAAGAGGAUCUCAUGCAUCAUCAGACAGCUAUAAUCAUUACUAUCCACAACCCUCGCCGCGUCUUGGUAACCCACCAUCAGCGAGCUCUAUACCUUUAGCUGCUUUCAGCUUGAAUCUCAAUCCAAACGGUACAUUCUCAGCAGCGAGGUCUGCCCAAGGAUCCAUUGGCGGUGGGUCACUUUCAGCUGGAAGAGGAUCAACUCCAUCAACAGCGCCAAUUUGAUCUAAUUGUUUAUUCAUAGAAUUAUCAUAAUGUUCGUCAUCAAAUUCAUCAUUAACACAUACAUCAUCAUCAAAUUCAUUUUCAUCAUCACCUCUAUUCCAACAAUCAACUUGUUGAUCAAAGUUAUUAUAAAGCAAGAAUUAUCAAUUCAUCUUCACCACUACAAUAACUACAACACAUACACCACACACGCAAACACACAAUCCCAUCUACAGACGCCUUCAUCCAUUUGUUAUCCUGCCUUAAAGAAAAUAGAAAUCAAUUAAUUCCUAAAGCUAUGGUUAACAAAUAAUCAAGAUAAAUGGUGUUCAAUCAACUUCAAUCAAAAUCAAUUGUCUAAAGUUUUCUGUUUCUUUUUCCCCUCGUUUGCCAAGUUAAAUAUUGAAUUUUUUUUCUCUGCGCAUAAAAAAUUAUUUAAAACAUCAGAAACUUUAAAAUCAAUUGUGACCAAAAUCAUCACCUUCAAGAAGCAGAUCUUACAAUUAACGAUUCCGUCCAUCAAAUUGAAUCUCUAUUCGACAGCUAUAACUAAUUACAAUCAAUCGUUUUCUCAAAUUGCAUCUAAUUAACUUAACAAUUUUCCCUCCAUUUUCACCUUCACAUGUAAAUAUUCAAAAGUUUUUCUUUCUCUCUGUCUUUUCCCUUACCUCAGGCAUUUAUUACCUAUUUUUAUAAUCGUAAAGUUGCAAAAAAUUAAUAAAUAAAAUAAAAUACCAAAAGGAAUAUAAAUGAGAGACAAUUUA